AAAGAUUUUUGGUGCAGAAGCUCGCCACUGAGCUUUCUCCUCUUUUUUAUGGAGCUGCUUCAUUCUAAUAUAUCUUGUUCAUCUCAAUUACUUAAUACCAGAGUUAGGGUUUUACAAACCCCUCUCCUCCUCAACCACCACUGCUUCUCCACUACUCGCAACUACCAUAACAAACUCACUUCAAUGGAUGCUCAUAAACCUCUCAAUCACGCAUCUUCAAGCCCCGUACUACUCGAAAACAACAACGCCUCUUCGACAACCGGUGAAUGUCGAGUAGGAGAGGUGAAGAGAGUUACGAAAGAGACGAAUGUAGCGGUGAGGAUUAAUUUGGAUGGGUCGGGCGUUGCCGAUAGCUGUACUGGGAUUCCGUUUCUUGAUCAUAUGUUGGAUCAACUUGCUUCACAUGGCCUAUUCGACGUUCAUGUGAAGGCUACUGGUGAUCUUCACAUUGAUGAUCAUCACACGAAUGAAGAUGUUGCCCUUGCCAUUGGAACGGCUUUGCUGCAAGCACUUGGUGAUAGAAAAGGAAUUAAUCGAUUUGGGGAUUUUUCAGCUCCGCUUGAUGAAGCACUGAUUCAUGUAGCACUGGACUUAUCUGGAAGGCCACAUUUAAGCUGUGAUUUACGUAUACCAACUCAGAGAGUUGGAACAUAUGAUACUCAGCUGGUGGAGCAUUUUUUUCAGUCUUUGGUCAAUACAUCUGGCAUGACACUUCAUAUUAGGCAGCUAUCGGGAAAAAAUUCUCACCAUAUUAUUGAGGCAACCUUCAAGGCUUUCGCAAGAGCUCUUCGUCAAGCAACAGAAUAUGAUCCACGUCGUCGCGGGACCGUGCCAAGCUCCAAAGGGGUUCUCUCACGUUCUUAAUGCUUCAUAAUCAUUGCACGGAUGGAAAAAGCAUGCCAGUACUGUCUUUCUCUCUUCUCUGGGAUAUUGUAUCUACUGAUUAAAUCCACUGAAGGUCUGUGCCAUGAUGAAGUUUGCUUGCAUAAUAGAGUGGGAGAACUGGUUGACAUGGUAAAGCACGAAAUUAAAUCAUUGAUUUGUUGUGGUAUUUGGUACAAUGGUAAAGACGGUAAAAAAGUUUAAACUUACUGCAGGCUGCCGCCCUGCAGCAUGUCCCGAAAGUUUCUACGACCACAUUAUAAAAAAAGUUUAAGAUUAUGGGAUGCUGCUGCCUUUGCUGUAUAUUAUAAAAGCCUUUUGUUGUGGACGGUGCUGGAACAAUGCAGUAAAUUAAUUAUUCUCUUGAAGUUGGUCUUUUGUCAAAUUUUUAAACUUAUAUCCAACUGAUUUUCCAUUUUACAAACCAUUAUGUUCUAGAACAUUCUGUGUAGAAGACAAUCAGCGUAUUGGGUUAUCAUGGAUUAUGCUUCGAGAUAGAUGGCUGAUAAUGUAAAGAAUUUAUUUUGUUUGUGAACUCAUAAUAUUGCAAAGUAUGCUUGGUAA